AUGGGAGGUCUGGCAGGCUGGCAGGAUCAGGCCUUGCACUUGUUGGGCUCGAAACAGGGGCAUGGAGGCGCUGGACCAAGAGCUGGAGCAAGGGGGAAUUGGGCCAUCGCGCGACAUGGGCUUGCGCUAGGCAAGCUGGCCACGUGCUCCAGUUUGGGGCGGUCUGGCGCAUCACCUGGGCCUCGCUGGGCGCUCGAGCUGGGCUGGAAUUCGCGCUGGGCUGGAGGCGCGAGAUGGGCUGCGCGCGCUGGGCACCACUCAACGACCAUGUCUUCUGAAAGAAGGAGCCGAUCACCAAGCUCGCAAGUACCCUUGUACCUAUGGGGUGGCUCUCAAGUUCCCAAAGAGAAGUUUGUGGCCAAUCUGCACCGUGUCACCACCGAGGCCCAGUUCAAAACAUGGCGUGCCCUUUUCAAUUUCGCCAUUCCCAAGGACGUACAUGUCAAGUUAGCAGAGCCCUCAUCCGACAGCGUACCACGGGUGGAUUCGAACAAUCCAGGUGCCAGGAUCAUCACGUUCCGCCCCUUCUACUUCUCGCUAGGCUUCACGUUUCCGAUGUCGAAAUUUUUCAGGGAUGUGCUUUGCGCCAUGGAGUGUGCCCCGAGCCAGUGUACUCCAAACGUUUAUCGAGCGGUCAUCUGCUUUGAAAAUUUGAGUCACUUCUUCAAGCUAGAUUUGACAGUGCAGGAAUUCUUCUAUUUCUUCGAGGUGAGACGCUUCGAGAAGUAUGCCCAACUUCGUGCGCGCAAACCCAAGUUGUUUGAUAGUUUAAGUCAAGGCGAUCAUGUGUGGAGCAAGGAUGUGCUGGAGGUCAGUGGCAGAUGGGAAGGGGAGGUUGGCGACGGUCCGCUCGUUCCUCUCACCUACUGUGACGAUGAUGCCAUCCGAAAGAAGCUCGUCCUCGACCCAGACAUGAUGAAGGUUCGGCAGGCUUUGAGCAUCCCUGCCAAGUUUCGUGAAUGGCGCUGGUUGUUGAGCGAACAUCGGAAGAAAGUCGGUGGCCUGCCCCCUGCUGAAGAUAUUGAAAGAUGGAAGUCGCACUGCCUGAAGCUAAGUGACUUGCCAGUUGAGCAGGAUGAGUCAUCGACCGAGUCCCCCGAGGAUAGAAAGGCGUGCAGUGGACCUGCCCGUGACGGAGCUGCAGUUUCUCGAUCAAUGGAUACGUCCCUGCAGCGGGGGCAGCCGAGAUCUUCUCUUGCCACGAACAAGUCUUCCUCACAGGAGGCCUCGUCUGCCGGGAUCAAACGCCUCGUCAGCGCGAACAGCAGGAAGGCCAACGGCAUGCAGGAAGUUCGGGAUAUGUUGUUCAAGUCGCCAACCGUAUUGCCCAAAACUUGUGAUCUGCCCUGUAAGGAGGCCGUUGAGAAGCAAGGUUCGGGGCGUCUGCGCCGGUCUGGGGACCAAACUGAGAGGACUGUACCUCUGCCCAGCCACCAUGACUCGUCUGCAGGACCACGAACAAUCAAGCGCGGAGCUGACUCGAUGUUGCAAGCUGCAAGCAAGAAAGCUAAAGAGUCGUCUGCUCGAGCAAAGAGUCCUCCAGUCGCGCGAACUGCUGGUUUGGGGAUUGGUGAUAACUCUGUUGGGGGUGAGCCUGUGUCUGAUCUGCUGAAAACGGGCUUUCUAUCAAGUCCAUCUGCUUGUGCUAAGCUAGCUGACCAUGUGUAUCGAGCUGCUGAUCUUUGUGCCUUCUCGAGCCUUCCCUUGGGUAAACAAGAAGAAGCUGCCCUGUAUCAUCUUCAAAAAGGGAUGGUUUUUGCUGUUGGGGCUAUGCAGAACUCGCAUGAUGUUGCCCCCUCUUCUGCCCUGCUUGACGAGCUGGUGAAGAAGAAUGCUGACCUGACUGACAAGCUCUCGAACGAGCGGAUUCGCCAUGACGCGAGGAUUUCCGAGAUGAAGGAGAGUAUGUCCGCACUUAAGAGUUCUGUUGGCCAAAAAGAUGACGAAGUCAAGUCUCUUAUGGCUACCCUGCUCGAACGCAAGGAAGCCUACUUUAGCCUCGAACGCAAGCAUGCUGCUCUGGCCCAAGAUCGUGAUAGGCUGCUGGUCAAGUUUGACAACCAUGUGGAAGCCACGGAGGUGUCCAAACAUGAGAUUGCUGCUAAUGCGUACAAGCUGGGAUACUUGGACUGCCAGAACGGCGCUCCUCCUUGCUGUCCUCUCGAAGAUGACGAUGAUGAGCAGUCCAGUCUUGAUCUGCCCCCUGCUCACAGUAAGCAGAUCAAUGUUGUGGAUGCAGAGGCAGUUGAAGAGCAGGUAGCAGAUGAAGCCGCAACGGAGGAAGACAAGCUCCAAGGCGGGUCAGCUGAGGUGGGUAAGGAUCAAGCGGCCAAGGCAGUUGAGUAG